UGUCGUCGCUGUCAGCAGGUGCAAUCGUGGUCAUUGCUGUGGGGUGCUUUGCCGGGUUCACUCUGCUCACUGCUGUGCUCGCCUGGCUACUGUGGCCCCGUGGACAAAGGAAGUGGGAGGGGCUGGACCUGUGCGAGCAGUUCACACUGCAGCAGCUGGUGAAGGCCACGGACAACUGGGCGCCUGAGAACGUGCUGGGGAAGGGCGGGUUUGGCACCGUGUACAAGGGGUGCUCGCCGCAGGGGCUGCCGUGGGCAGUGAAGCGCUCCACUGUCAUGACCAACGACUUUGAGACCGAGGUGCGCGCCAUGGCAUCGCUGCACCAUGUGAACCUGGUGCGCCUGCUGGGCUUCUGCCAGGACCAGAACGUGGAGACGGGCAAGCAGGAGCAGAUCCUCGUGUACGAGUUCGUGGCCAACCGAGACCUGCACCACCACAUCUACAAGACCAAGCACCCUCUCUCGCUGCGCCAAAGGCUGCGCCUGGCGCAAGGAGCAGCGGAGGGCCUGGCGUACCUGCAUGGGUUCGCGACGCCCAUCAUCCACCGCGACAUCAAGCCCGCCAACAUCAUGGUCUCAGCCGACAUGCACGCCAAGGUCGCCGAUUUUGGGCUGCUCAAGCAGCUCACUCACGGCGAUGCUCAUGCCACCAGAGUGGCGGGCACACCCGGCUAUGUGGACCCUGACUACAACCGCACUGGCGUCAUCACGGCCAAGAGCGAUGUCUACAGCUUCGGCAUUGUGCUCCUGGAGUUGCUGAGUGGAAGGCCACCCAUGUCUCACCGUGGAACACAUAUGAAGAUCUGG